AUGGCCCAAGAAAUCGACUGGUCUCCCUCCUACUGCCUCGCCUGCGACCGCCAAACCGACACUUCAGCUUACUGCUCUGAAUCCUGCCGCCUCGCUGAAUACGAGUCUUCUGCCUCCCCAUCCUCCUCCCCGUCCUGGCCCUCGCACUCGCACACCCCCUUCCAGCUCCCAUCCGCCUACGACUUCUCCCAGAAGACCUCCUCCUCCGCCAUCCGCCCCGCCGUCCACGCACGCGCACACUCCCAACCUCAGCCGCGCCAGCAGGCUACAUACUCUGUCCCGCGUCUGCAAACCAGGCCGGUGCUGACACCGAGUUCAAGCCAGAGCUCGCUGUUCUCGAUGCAGAGCGGUGCGAGUGUGGGGGAGGUGGUAUCGGAGGAGGCGAGGAGGGAGUUGAGGGGAUAUGCGAGCGCGUUUGAUCAGAGUCGGUAUCAGAGGAGGCAGAGCGCUUCGUAG